AUGUCACCAACUUCAACCACUCAACAACCAGUAACAUCUCGUGGUUACGAGAUUGGAACCAGAGGAUCACAUAAUAUUGCCAAAGGUGGAAAGCAUCCCUAUCAGAUACCAAAAUUUACCGAUAAAAAAGAAGAGCGUAAAUGGAUGCUUCAACAUAUGGCAGGGGCAUUUAGGGUCUUUGCAAGAAAAGGUUAUACCGAAGGCACCGCUGGACAUAUAUCAAUUCGUGAUCCAAUAGAUCCAAACACAUUUUGGAUCAAUCCCUUGGGGAAACAUUUUGGGCUACUCAAGGCAAGUGAUAUGGUGCAUGUUGACCAUGAAGGAAACAUUUUACCAGAUGGUUCACAGAUUGCCAUAAAUGCUGCUGGGUUUUCGAUUCAUAGUGCACUACAUCAUGCUCGGCCAGAUGUACAUGCUGCCUGUCAUACCCACUCAGUAUACGGUAAAGCUUGGUCAGCUAUGGGGAAACCUUUGGAAAUGAUCAAUCAAGAUGUUUGCACCUUCUAUAAGAGCCAUGCGGUUUACGAAGAUUUUGGUGGUGUUGCUUUGGAAGCUGAAGAAGGAACCCAUAUAGCUGAGGCCUUGGGCGAUGGUAAAGGUGUUAUUUUACAAAAUCAUGGAUUAUUGACAGUUGGAAAUACAGUGGAUGAGGCGGCAUAUUUGUUUACUUUAUUGGAAAAAUCAUGCCAGGUUCAAUUGGCAGCACAAGCAGCACUCGUGCCUGGUGAAAAAUUCAAAAUCAUUGGUGAUGAAGAAGCUGCUUACUGUGAAAGGAACGAUGGGGAUCCAGAAACUUUGUACACCGAGUUCCAACCCGACUUUGAGAUGGAAGUGUAUUUGAACGAUGACUUUUUGAAAUAA